GCCUAACCUCAAUUUUGUUUUGUUUUGAACUCGCAGCGCAGAAAAUUCACGAAAAAUGCCCGAAAAGCCCAAAAUUGAGAUUCGCCGUGAUGACGGAGUUGAAUUGGAAAAUCAAUUCAUCCUCAGACUACCCGAGGAACCUGCCCAAGCAUUACGAGAAGCGGUACGCGAAGGAGCCAACAACUUAAAAGAUCGCUUGAGCAUCCGCUUGGACAACGACGUUCGCUAUGGCGAAGUUCGAUACGAUCAGUGGUUGAUGCACGCAAAAGUUGUAGACCUGCCGACAAUUAUCGAGUCGCUAAAAUCCGUCGAUUUGAAGAAUUUCUACAAAACAGCGGAUAUUUGUCAGAUGAUGAUUUGCAAAAUGGAGCCGGAAGAACAACCGAUCGAAGAAGAGUCGCCCAGCAAGAACAAAAAGAAAGACCCCAACAAGGUCGACAAGAAAUUUUUGCAUCCGCAUGGCGUCACGCCGCCCCUAAAGAACGUGCGACGUCGUCGUUUCCGCAAAACGUUGAAGAAAAAGUACGUGGAAGCGCCCGAGAUCGAAAAAGAGGUGAAACGCUUGCUGCGCGUCGAUAACGAAGCUGUCAGUGUCAAAUGGGAAGUCAUCACGGAAGACGAAGAAACCGCAGCGAAGGCUUCGAAGCACGAUGACGAACCAAAAACCACCAAGGGACACAAAGGAAAGAAAAAAGAUCAAGCGGCGGCGUCACAUGCGGAACGAGAAACGCCCGGAACGAGUCGCGAUGUCGCCGAACACGACAUUUUUGGCGGCGAAGUAUCCGAUUCUGACGAAGAAGACACAAAUAUCCGGCAAAUGAUCGAACUUGACGAGACAAGUCGACUUAGUGCGGAUGAUUCGCGAAGUCGGAUGUCCGAUUCCAAUUCCAUGCAGUACCACGAUCGCUCGGAAAAGCUUCAAACGGAGUUCAGUCAAUCGAUGUUCAACAGCAGUGCGGAUUCCCCGACCUUUAGACAGCAUCAGCAAGGCGAAUAUUUCGGAAGCGAACAAGAAAAUGACUUUUUGGUGCCCCAAUCGUCGCAAGAAUCGCGCGAUGUGAAUGUUCGGAUCAACGAUCUCGAGCAACAAGUCACAGAAUUGAAACAACAAAAGAUCCAGAAGGAGCUGGAAAUAUCUUCGAUCGAAAAUGAGACGCUCCGAAAACGCCUACAAGACAAUUUGGACAGCUUGGGAGACCAAAUCCGCGAGAAAGAAAGCGAAAUUCAGAAUUUACAAUCAGGAUUGUUCUAAAAAAUUUCUUUUUAUUCCUAAAUCAGGUAGUUUUUGUCAUAAAGUACUAACAUUGCAACAGUCCCGCUAUUUUUUCUUACUUUUAAAUUUUUUUUUUUCGAAAACAUUAAACUUCUGUCUCGUAGAUAAACAUCAAAUAAUAAAAUAUAUAAAUAUUGACACAAGCGUAAAAUAUCAACAAAAAUUCAUUUUUAACAAAUUUUAU